GGCUUUUUCCCUCGCAGGACAUCAGCUGGCGGAGCUUCCAGGAGCCACACAGAGGAGACACGGCUCCAGACGCACUCAUUUUUCCAGAGGGGGAGGCUUUUAGUCACAGGCUGCUCUCAAACACUGCUCUGUUCACUUUCCUGGGAGGCGGUCAAAUAGAGUGAUUGAUGUUCUGCUGACCCCUAAAGACCAAACAUGAAGAUAGGGCUGUCACUGGCCACAGCUGCCUUGUUUGCAGCCUUGUUAUCCUCCAUAGAUGCUCAAGUGGAACCUCCCUCAGACUUGAAAUUUAAAAUUCUAAAUGAGAACACAGUGGAAAUGUCAUGGACAAGACCCUCAACAACGAUUGAGGGCUUCAGAAUACAAGUUAUGUCAGACGCAGAUGAACCAUCUAGAGAAUUUGCUCUUGAUGCCUAUGCCACUACAACCUCAAUUACUGACCUGACCCCAGACUUGGACUACUCAGUGUCCAUUAAUUCUUACUAUGGGUCAGAGGAGAGCAUUCCCAUCUUUGGGCAACUGACCAUCCAGUCCAGUAACACCAGCACAAGAGUCAGGAGGCCACAGUCAGAUGCAAUCAAGUGCUCCGUCAGUGCAAUAGCAGAUCUGGUUUUUCUGGUGGACGGUUCCUGGAGUGUGGGCAGAGAAAACUUUAAGCACAUCCGCAGCUUUAUCGGCUCCCUGGCCGGGGCUUUUGACAUUGGCGCCGACAAGACCCGGGUAGCUGUGGUUCAGUACAGCACAGACACGCGCACAGAGUUCCCACUCACCCGCUACAGCAGGAGAGGAGACCUGCUCCAAGCCAUCAGCUCCCUGCCAUACAAGGGAGGAAAUACCAUGACAGGCGACGCCAUUGAUUACCUGUUGAAUAACAUCUUCACGGAGGCGGGUGGAUCCAGGAAAGCUUUCCCAAAGGUAGCCAUGAUUAUCACCGAUGGAAAAUCCCAGGACCCAGUGGAGGAGCAUGCUAAAAGACUUAGGAACAUCGGAGUGGAAAUAUUUGUCCUAGGUAUCAAAGGAGCAGAUGAGGACGAGCUCAGGGAAAUUGCCUCCACACCCCACAACAAACACGUGUACAAUGUUCCCAACUUUGACAUGAUCCAAGAGGUGCAGAAAAAGAUCAUCAGAGAGGUGUGCUCCGGUGUUGAUGACCAGCUCAGCUCUCUGGUCAGCGGCGAAGAAAUGGUUGAACCGGCCUCUAACCUGCAGGUCACAGAAAUUGCAUCAAAGUCAAUGAGAGUGACAUGGGAUCCUUCCCUGGGUGACAUUACAGGCUACAAGCUCACACUCAUGCCCAUGCUGCCUGGCAUGAAACGCCAAGAGCUGUACAUAGGGCCCACUCAGACAUCCAUCAAUGUCCGUGACCUUUCCCCUGAGACCGAGUAUGAGAUCAGCUUGUAUGCUCUCAAAGGUCUGACUCCAAGUGAAGCCAUCCUGGCAAUGGAGAAAACCCAGCCUGUCAAGGUGACAACAGAGUGCUCCCUGGGCGUAGAUGUGCAGGCUGAUGUGGUGCUCCUUGUUGACGGCUCAUACAGCAUUGGAUUACAAAACUUUGCCAAAGUGCGUGCCUUCUUGGAGGUUCUUGUCAACUCGUUCGACAUUGGCCCUGGCAAGGUGCAGCUUAGCUUGGUCCAGUACAGUCGCGAUCCACACACCGAGUUUGCUCUCAACACCCACCACGACAUCAACGCUGUCGUCAAGGCUGUGCGCACCUUCCCCUACCGCGGAGGCUCCACUAACACUGGCAGAGCCAUGACCUACGUCAGGGAAAAAAUCUUCAUUCCUGCUCGUGGAGCGAGACUAAAUGUUCCCCGCGUCAUGGUCCUGAUCACUGACGGAAAGUCGUCAGACUCUUUCAAGGACGCAGCCACCAGACUGAGGAAUAUUGAUGUGGAGAUCUUUGCCGUCGGUGUGAAAGACGCAGUCAGGUCCGAGUUGGAGGCCAUCGCUAAUCCCCCGUCAGACACUCACGUCUACGAGGUGGAGGAUUUCGAUGCCUUCCAGAGGAUUUCCAAGGAGCUGACUCAGUCCAUCUGUCUGAGGAUUGAACAGGAACUUCUCAAUAUUAUGAAGAAAAGUCUGCUUCCACCCAGAGACUUGGGGUUCUCUGAAAUUACCUCGAGAAGCUUCCGUACCACAUGGGUGCCCCCUACUACCCAAGUCCUGUCUUACCUGGUGCGUUUCCGUAAAGCUGAGGACGUCACCGGAGACUACAUCACCAUGGCGGUGCCGGCUGAGACCACCACAGCCGUUCUGCCCCACCUUUAUCCCCUCACUGCCUAUGAAGUCAAUGUCUUUGCUCAGUAUGACAGAGGAGACAGUUUCCCUUUGAGUGGUGAAGAAACCACCCUUGAAGAGCAAGGAACGGUACGAAACCUACGUGUAACAGAGGAGACCGUUGACAGUUUCAGGGUGUCUUGGGAAUCUGCACCGGGUUCGGUGAUAAGAUAUCACCUGUCUUACUUUCCAAAAGGCGAUGCUGGAAACAUUCUGCAGGCACAGACAGUUGGACCAGAAACCACCAUAGUCCUCCAGGGGCUUUCCCCCAUUACUACCUACCCUGUGUCUGUGUCUGCUGAGUAUGUCACCGGCUUAGGGGAUAAGAUGCAGACAACUGGAACCACCAAGGAAGUCCGUGGCUCCCCCCGUGAUCUCCGUGUCUUUGACGAGACAAUAUCCACCAUGAAAGUGUCAUGGCAGGCCGCUCCAGGAAAUGUGCUCCAGUACCGCAUCGCCUUCAAACCUGCCGAGGGCGGCGACAGGAAAGAGAUAUCUGUCAAAGGAGAUACUACCCAGGCCGUGCUGAAGAAUCUCCAACCAGCCACUGAAUAUGAGCUGUUUGUCAGCGCUCGCUACACCUCUGGUCUGGGUGAUCCUCUUCUGGGCACUGGAACCACCUUAGAAGAGCUUGGUUCGCCCAGAGACUUGGUGACCAGUGACGUCACGGACACCAGUUUCACUGCGUCCUGGACGGCGGCCCCUGGUAACGUCCGUCAGUACCGGAUCAGGUGGAAGUCUCUGUUCACCGAGGAGGUCGGCGAGAAGACGAUACAGGGAGACACCACUACCACGGUCCUGGAGGGUCUCACCCCAGAAACACGCUAUCAGGUGUCUGUGUUUGCUGGCUAUGGCCGUGGAGAGGGCCAGCCACUGGUCGGGGAGGAAACCACAGAUGUCUCCGCCGCUGGCAGAGCGAUUGUAGUCACAGAGGAAACGGAGAAGACCAUGAAAGUGACAUGGCAAGCGGCGCCUGGAAAUGUGCUCAACUACCGCGUCACGUACAAGCCCCAGGUCGGAGGGCGGCAGCUAGCGGCGAAGGUUCCCGGAGGCACGACGACCACAGUGCUGCGACGCCUCACUCCCAUCACCACCUACGACAUCGUCGUCAUGCCAGUGUACCGCUUUGGGGAGGGCAGAGCAAGGCAAGGAGACGGAACAACACUGUCACCGUACAAAGCUCCCAGGAACCUGCAAACAUCUGAACCUGCAAAGACCAGCUUCCGUGUAACGUGGGACCACGCUCCUGGUGAUGUCAGGGGCUACAAAGUCACUUUCCACCCUGUAGGGGAAGACAUUGACCUGGGUGAACUUCUCGUUGGUCCCUAUGACAAUACAGUGGUGCUAGAGGAGCUCAGAGCUGGCACCAAAUACUCAGUGAAUGUAUCUGGCGUGUUUGAUGGAGGAGAGAGUAUGCCUUUAGCUGGCGAGGAGAAAACCACACUUAGUGAUGAACCUGAGCCUCCCCCCUAUAACCCAACAGAUGUGAAGUGUAAGACCAACGCACAAGCUGACAUUGUGCUGCUGGUGGACGGCUCGUGGAGUAUCGGACGUCUGAACUUCAAGACCAUCCGUGCCUUCAUCGCCCGCAUGGUGGGAGUGUUUGACAUCAGUCCUGAAAGGGUCCAAAUUGGUCUCGCUCAGUACAGUGGAGACCCCAAGACUGAAUGGCACUUAGAUGCUCAUAGAACCAGAGAGUCGCUCCUGGAAGCUGUGUCUAACCUGCCCUACAAAGGAGGAAACACCUUGACUGGUCUGGCUUUGAACUACAUCCUCCAGAACAACUUCAAAGAGAACGUGGGUAUGCGACCCAAUGCUCGGAGGAUCGGCGUCUUGAUCACCGACGGCAAAUCCCAGGACGAUGUCAAUGUCAACUCUCAGAGCUUGCGCGAUAUGGGCAUCGAGCUGUAUGCCAUCGGUGUGAAGAACGCUGAUGAGAACGAGUUGAGGUCCAUCGCCUCCGAUCCGGAUGAUAUUCACAUGUACAACGUGGCGGACUUCUCGUUCCUGUACGACAUCGUGGACAGGCUGACCGACAACCUCUGUAACAGUGUCAAGGGACCAGGAGGUGGUGCACCUGAUGCUCCCACUGACCUGGUGACGUCGGAGGUGACGCACCACUCCUUCAGAGCCACCUGGACUGCUCCCGAUGGCCCGGUGGAGAAGUACCGUGUGGAGUACAUGACUGUGUCCGGACAACCACAACAGGUGUUUGUGGACGGCAGUGAGACCACCGUGGUCCUCCAGCAACUCAACCACCUGACACAGUACCUGGUCAACGUCUACGCCGUGGUGGGAGAAGAGAGCAGUGAGCCUCUUAAAGGAACCGAGACCACAUUGCCCCUGAGCGCCGUGAGGAGGAUGGACAUUUACGAUGAACAGGUCACCACUAUGCGGGUGAGAUGGGAGGAGGCGCCGGGCGCCACGGGCUACAUGCUGCUCUACAGUGCCGUCAAUGCCACGGAGCCCAGCCUUGAGCAGGAGCUCAGAGUGCGAGGAGACACCACUGACGUCCAGCUGGAGAGGCUGCUCCCCAACACGGCCUACACGCUGUCCCUGUUCGCCCUGCACGGAGAAUCCGCCAGCGAACCACUGACCAAGCAGGGAGUCACUCUGCCUCAACCGCCCGCUGGCGAACUGAGGGUUCGCGACGUCACCCACAGCACCAUGUGGCUUUACUGGGACGCCGCUCCAGGUCCUGUACGCAAAUACAUCGUCACCUACCAGCCUGAGGAUGGAGAGCCCAAGGAGCUGGAAGUUGGAGGAGAUGUGACCACGAAACAACUGGACAACCUGAUUUCACAGACUGAGUACGCUUUGACUGUCACUCCAGUCUAUGAUGAGGGACGUGGACAGAUGAUGCUGGGAGACGCAGUCACCGAUGUGGUUCCUGCCCCGAAGAACCUGCGAUUUUCUGAAGUGACCCAGACGAGCUUUAGAGCGACCUGGGAGCACGGAGCCCCUGAUGUGGCCCUGUAUCGCAUCGGCUGGUCUAAGAAGGGAGAGGCCGACCCUCAGUUUGCCAUCCUGAACAACGACGAGACGACCCACGUCCUGGAGAACCUGGAGCCAGACACCCCCUACGACGUGUCCGUCACUGCAAUUUAUCCAGACGAGUCAGAGAGCGAGGAUCUGAUGGGCACGGAGAGAACAUUGCCCAAGCAGGCUGGUGGCCCAUCACCCAACGCGCCUCCCACCAACCUGGUUGUGUUCAACGAAACCACCACCACUCUGAACGCCAGGUGGAAUCCAGCUGCGGGCCGGGUCCAGAACUACAGGAUCACUUAUGUCCCCACAUCUGGAGGCAGGAGCCAGACAACCCAAGUUGGAGGGAAGAAGACCACUGUUCUGCUUCCCAAACUGACCCCUGACACUGAAUACUCCAUCAGCGUGGUGGCUGUCUAUGCGCGAGGAGUCAGCGGCGAGCUUAACGGCCCUGGAAAGACCAAGCCACUGGGUGGUGUCAGGAACCUGCAGGUUACUGAUCCCACCACCAGCACCCUGAGAGUCCAGUGGGAGCCUGCUGAGGGCAACGUCCGCCAGUACAGGAUCUUCUAUGUUCCUGAAGCUGGAGGAGAAGAGGAGAUGGUGCAGGUCUCAGGUAGCACUUACAACACCGUGCUGAAGAGUCUGCAGUCCGACACGGUCUACAGAGUAACCGUGGUUCCUGUCUACUCCGCCGGCGAGGGACGGCGCAUGUCUGAGAACGGCAAAACAUUGGAGCGCAGCCCCGUCAGGAACAUCCAGGUUUUCAACCCCACGACGAACACUCUGAACGUUCGCUGGGAGGCUGCCACGGGACCAGUCCAGCAGUACCGGGUCAUCUAUGCACCUGUGACUGGAGCCAGACCCUCGGAGUCAGUUGUGGUACCAGGAACCUCCACCACUGCCUUGCUGGAGCAGCUUAUCCCAGAGACCGAGUACAACGUCGGAGUGGUCGCCCUGUACAGCGAUGGCGAAGGACCCGCAAUCAGCGACAUUGGAAAGACAUUGCCCCGAAGUGGCCCAAGGAACAUGCGCGUGUACGACCCCAGCACGACGACGCUCUCCGUGAGCUGGGAACACGCCGACGGUCCUGUCAUGCAGUACCGCAUCACCUAUGCCCCAACUGUCGGAGACCCCAUAGAUGAAUAUACAACAGUACCAGGAAACAGGAACAAUGUGAUCCUGCAGAACCUGGAUCCAGACACGCCUUAUAACAUCAAGGUGACUUCGAUCUAUUCCGAUGGACCAGGAGGAGAACUGGAGGGAGAUGGACGCACAGUCGGCAUGCUCGGCCCCAGGAACCUCCGUGUGUCUGAUGAGUGGUACACCCGCUUCAGGGUGUCCUGGGACCCUGCACCCUCUAGGGUGUCAGGAUACAAGCUUAUCUAUCAGCCAGAGGGCUCUGAUGAGUCCAUGGAGGCGUUCGUGGGAGACGUGACCACCCAUCAGCUGCACAACCUGAAACCUGGAACCACCUACGACCUCAAGGUGUUGGCACAGUACAACACGGGCUUCAGUGAACCUUUGAUUGGACAAGGCACCACAUUGUACCUGAAUGUGACAGACUUGACCACCUACAAAGUGAGCUACGACUCCUUCUGCCUGCAGUGGUCCCCUCACAGAGCAGCCACCUCCUACAGGCUUAAAGUCAAUCCUUUUGACCCCUCCAAGCGAGGAGCUCAAGAGGUCACUGUCAGAGGCUCAGAGAGCACCUACUGUUUCGAUGGCUUGACCCCUGACACCCUCUACAAUGCCACGGUGUACACCCAGACACCCAACAUGGAGGGACCUGGCGUGAGCAUCAAGGAGAGGACGUUGGUUAAACCCACAGAGAGACCAACUGAGCCUCCGACCCCACCGACCCCGGCCACAGUCCCCCCUGCACUAGAUGUGUGCAGAGGUGCCAAAGCGGACCUGGUCUUCCUCAUCGAUGGUUCCUGGAGUAUCGGAGACGAGAGCUUCAACAAGGUCAUCCAGUUUGUCAUGAGCAUGACCGGGGCCUUCGAUGUCAUCAGCCCUAAGGGCAUGCAGGCCGCGUUUGUGCAGUUCAGUGAUGACGCCAAGACAGAGUUCAAACUCAACACGUACCACGAUAAGGGCAUCGUGCUGUCCGCUUUGCAGAACGUCCGCUACAGAGGAGGAAACACAAAGACAGGCAUUGCCCUGAAGCACAUCUAUGAGAAGGUGUUCACCUCAGACAGCGGCAUGAGGAGGAACGUCCCCAAGGUUCUGGUGGUGGUCACGGACGGACGCUCUCAGGACGACGUGAAGAAGAGCGCAGAGAAACUGCAGCAUGCAGGCUACAGCGUGUUUGUGGUCGGAGUGGCUGACGUUGACAUGUCAGAGCUGAGACUUAUCGGCAGUAAGCCCAGUGAGAGACAUGUAUUCGUGGUCGACGACUACGACGCCUUUGCCAAGAUUCAGGACAACCUGAUCACCUUUAUCUGUGAAACGGCCACCUCCACUUGUCCCCUGAUCUACAUCAAUGGAUUCACCACACCUGGUUUCAGGAUGCUGGAGGCUUUUAACAUCACAGACCGGACGUUUGCAGCCAUGAAAGGUGUGUCCAUGGAGCCGGGCUCCUUCAACAGCUACGUUGCCUACAGGCUGCACAAGGACUCCUUCGUGAACCAGCCCACCAAGGAGAUACAUCCGGAUGGUCUUCCCCCGUCUUACACCAUCAUCCUGCUCUUCCGCCUGCUGCCCGACACCAUGACCGAGCCUUUCGAUAUCUGGCAGAUUGCAGACAAAAACAACAACCCCGAGGUUGGGGUCACCGUCAACCCUUCAAGCAAAACAAUUUCAUUCUACAACAAGGACACCCGAGGAGAAAUCCAGAAAGCGACGUUCAACGAGGAGCAAGUCAAGCGGGUUUUCCACGGAAGCUUCCACAAGCUCCACAUUACCGUCUCGCCAGAGAAAGUCAAGCUCAACGUGGAUUGCCAAGAGGUGGCGGAGAAACCAAUCAAGGAGGCCAACAAUAUCACACUCGACGGCUAUGAAGUGCUUGGCAAAUUGGUGAAGUCUGGAGGUGGAAGGAGGCAGUCUGCGACAUUCCAGCUCCAGAUGUUUGACAUUAUCUGCAGCUUAAGCUGGAUCAGCCGAGACAAAUGCUGCGACCUGCCUUCAACAAGAGACGAGGCCAAGUGUCCCUCCCUUCCCCACUCGUGCACAUGCACACAGGACAGCAUUGGCCCUCAGGGGCCCCCUGGACCUUCGGGCGGCCCAGGUUCUAAGGGACCACGAGGAGACAGAGGAGAGUCUGGCAAGCCUGGUUCAAUGGGUCCACGUGGUGAGCCAGGACUCCCAGGCUCAAUGGGACCACCGGGUCCACAAGGGCCUAACGGACUGUCUCUACCUGGAGAACCUGGUCGCCAGGGACCAAAGGGAGAUUCUGGAGAUCCGGGCCUGCCUGGUCUGCAAGGUCCUCCUGGGCAACGCGGUCCUCUGGGUCCCGUCGGACCAAGCGGAGGACGGGGGCCACCAGGAAAGGAGGGACAAUCUGGACCCAGAGGCCCACCAGGGCCCAUGGGAAACCCUGGAAAUCCAGGUGUACCAGGGAUUACUGGGAAACCAGGAAAACCAGGAGAUACAGGAAAUCAAGGACCUGUUGGCAUUAAAGGAGAGAAGGGAGAGAGGGGAGACUUUGCAUCCCAGAGCAUGAUGCGCUCCAUUGCCAGACAAGUCUGUGAACAGUUUGUGAACAGUCAAAUGAGCAGAAUUGACAUGAUGCUCAACCAGAUUCCAUCCGGAUAUCGCACCAACAGUCCGGGGCCAGCUGGUCCUCCUGGUCCUCCUGGUGACACGGGAUCUCGCGGAGAGCCUGGGCAACCGGGACGUACUGGGUUCCCUGGAAGCCCAGGUUUACCUGGCAAUCUUGGAGAGAGAGGCUUGCCAGGAGAGAAGGGAGAGAGAGGACCUCCAGGAACUGGUAUCAGAGGACAAAGAGGCCCAAGUGGUCCACAAGGGCCACAAGGAGAUUCAAGAACGGGGCCCCCAGGUCCUUCUGGCUCCUCUGGGCCUCGUGGGCCUCCAGGUCGCCAGGGUACUCCCGGAGUGAGGGGACCACCAGGACCCCCUGGAUACUGCGACUCCUCUCAGUGUGUUGGCAUUCCAUACAAUGGACAAGGAUACACAGGUAUGGCAUAGUAAACGUUGUGUCACCUGUGCCACUUACACUUUGAAGCCAAGUUUCUGAGAUGUUUGCCCAUUUUGCUAUGGGGCAUGUAAGGAUAAUCACCAUGGACAUAAUUAUUGAACAAUAAAACAUUACAAAAGCCAAAAAAGACAGAAUGGGAGAGGACUGGCACUAACAUCAUCUCACAGCUACAAGCUACAAUGAUGGCAACCUGCUGGCCUGUUUGCAUCUUGAACCACAAACCGUUGGGAAAUAUGUAUAAAAAAACAAAACAAAAACACACAGACUGAGCAUUUCUACCAUGGAAGGAGCAUGUACAAACACAACCAACUAACAAAAAGGGAAUUCAUAGCUGAAAGCAAUGUUGAUGUAGUGGUGAUAUGUGUAAAUAAAACUAAUUGUUUUUGCCUUGUAAAUGACUGUGUGAACCAGGACAUUUCACUAAAAAAAAUCAAGUUAACAUCUGUAUUGAGCUUGUGCCUCAUAACCCCCCCUGCCCCCCGCUUACUUACCACCAGCAUAACCUCUGUAUAUGACACCAUAAGUGGCUUCAACAGCUCUGGUCCAGACUUAAGCAUGUUCCAUUUGUACGUUUAAUCAUCAUGUUCUUUGUGUACGUCGGCCAGAUCAGCGCUACAUGUUGCUCCCCUGCCGUUUCCAUGUGUUCCCAUUGUUGUUUCAGCUGCUUAUUUUUUACUUUACCUGUCUUAUUAUCCAAUAGCUCGAUGGAUUAUUAUUAUUAUUAUUAUUUUUGUAAAUGUCAUCACAACAUUUUUUGGUACUUUAAGAAGCAGUAGUUUGACACAGGACAUUUUUCCGUCCUGAAGGUCCAUAGUGCAAUAUUAUUUAAAUUGUGCAUGUGAAAAGAUGUUAAAAAAAAGCCUUUUUUUGAUUGGCCGUCCCAAAUACUUUUCUAGCCCCCCGCUACCAGCCCGAACCUGAGGUAGUGUCUAUACCCGAGGAGCCAGCUGAAGAGUUUGAAUCAAUACAGUCACGAAACCAACGAGGAAAGAGAUCACUAACGAGAGACAAUACAGAAACUUCAUAGCUACAGUAAAGACUUCUCAGUAAGAUUGAAAUGAUGUGACGACGAUAUUAAGAACGAGUACUUAUAUGGGUUUGACACCCAUGGUUAUAUUGAAUAUAUAAUUUUUGACGUGAGAAAAGUUGUGCGAGGUGAUUACAAACCUUACGUGUUCACUCAUUACAAACCUGUGUGCUUGCUAAGUGUUACCCUUUCGAGUGUCUGCUUGUAAAAUAACCGCCAGUGUUUAUCAGAGUCCAUUGUGUAAUGCACUAAUCGUGUGAAAACCAGCAGAAACGGCAGCAAAAGGAGAUCAGACCGUGGUUUUCUUGUCUAAUUUCAGUGUAUAAAGCUGUUUUUAGAGACUCCAAAAUUGAUCGAUAAUUUGGACAAUCAAUUUGCUCCCCAAAGACUUGUAAAUUGUGACGUUGUGUACGGCCUCUAAGGCGAAUGAUAAUCUGACUUAUCCUAACAAAAACCAACCUUUUUUUUGUUGUUGUUGUUUUUUUUGUUUUUUUUCUUUGUUACCAAAGGUGGAAUUGCAUGUUUGUGUUGUAUAUUUACUGAAGUUUUCCAAAGUCAGAAUAUAAAUGUUUCCCAUCAAUGCAGUUUGGAUUCAGUCACAAAGACACACAAUUGCUUUUCUCAUGUUGUAACUGCACAUUUUGUGAAUUCCACGCAGCCUUAUUUUCUUAUUUAUUUCUGAAACAGAAGAGGCAUUUUUCAAUAAAACUACUGAAAAUGUU